AUGAGAGCCUUCUCCUUAGCCAGAGCUUUCUCUAGACUCGCUGUUUCUGGAGCCCCAGCUGUUGGAAGACAAUUCCAAGCUCAACUCCUCCAUACUUCCCGAACAGUCUUAUCUGUAGCCCCAGAGUUGUCUCAAGCUCUCGCUAGAGAAAUCGAUGCUGAACAACAACUUUCUCAGAACAAUCUUGGUGGAACUGCCCCUGCCACUUUCCCCGGAUUCUCCAUUACUUCCAAGAACGCCGAAGUUAGAUUAUCAAAGAAGCACGGAAGCGAAGACAUUCUUGUCGUUUUCAAUGUAAAUCACUCCGUCGACAUGGACGAGGCUUAUGAAGACGAAGUUCAACCAGAGGCUGCUCCAGUCCCAGUUGCUCUUCCACCUUUCACCGUUGAAAUCACCAAGGGAGCUGAAAGAUUAGUCUUCCAUUUGGAACUUGUCGAAAGCCUUGAAGUACAAGGAGAAUUCGACUUCCGUGUAGAAGAAUUCUACGUUGCUCCAGCCGCUAAGGACGGAAACGAAGAUGUUGCUGAUGAUGUCUAUGCUAGCAGUGGAAAGUACAUCGACCCUGAUCUCCAUGAUCUUCUCUUCGUUCGUUACUUAGAAGAGCGCGGAUUUGAUGUUCAAUUCUGUAAGAAUUUGGUCGAAUAUGCCACUCACUACGAACACUCCCAAUAUGUUGGUCUCCUCUCCAAAAUCAAGUCAUUCGUUGGCAAGUAA